AUGAUUCCAACUAUUGAGGAUGUGUUGAGUAUUAAAUUAUCGGGAAAGAAAUUAUUUACCCAUAUUGACAUGAAAGAUGCAUACUGGCAAGUGCCAUUGACUGAAUCAAGUAGUAAAUUGUGUACUUUUAACACACCAUUUGGUAGAUAUUCAUUUAAUCGUUUACCAUUUGGAUUAUGUAGUGCAAGUGAAGUUGUUCAGAAACGUAAUGAACAGAUAUUUGGUGAUCUUGAGAAUGUGUUUGUAAUCUCAGAUGAUAUGAUAAUUGCUACUGAUGAUAAUGAAGCUCUUCAUGACUCUGUAAUAGUUAAAGUUAUGAAACGUGCUAAACAUGAAAAUGUGAAAUUUAAUACGGAUACAUGA